UAAUCCUAAGAUGACGGGAGGAAGGAUUAGUAGGGUGAGUGUCUCUUCACUUUCAUUUCUCUACUCCGCCAUAUCCACAUCCAGCUAGGGUUAGGGUUUUGGAUCUCGGUGCUCAAAUGGAGACCUCUCUGAGAUACGGCGGAGACGCUAAAGCCUUAAAAAUCCAUGCGAAGGAAAAGCUACCACUCGAUUCCAAAACUCAUUUGCAGAUUCAUGGAGAGCUAGAUACUAGACUUGGAGUUCCAACAUUUGGUAGAGCUGUUGUAAGGCGCUUCUACCCAGAUUUUUCGGCAAGCCUUGGAGUUGGACUGCAGUAUGAUAGGCGCGAGAAACUACGGUACACUGUCCGAGCGAAAAAGUCCUUCCCUGUGACAACGGAUGGGCUGUUGAGCUUUAAUGUUAAAGGAAGAUGCGAUCUUGACAAAGAAUUUAAAGAGAGAAGCUCCACAGGAGCUGCUGAAUUUUCUUGGAGCAUUUUGAACUUUCAAAGGGACCAAGAUGUCAGGCUUAAACUUGGCUAUGACUUGUUGGACAAGGUUCCAUAUAUGCAGAUCAGGGAAAACAAUUGGACCCUCAAUGCUGAUGGUAACGGUAAAUGGAAUGUGAGGUACAGGUGCACUGAUAGGCUAGCUCAGAUGGCAAUGGCAAUGGCAAUUACUGGGUUAAAUUUGGUUAUUGAGUUGACAAAAGAAUUAGACGACAAUGGGCUGCUUGGAUAAGUUGUGGAGAUGGAUAUGGAGACUGGACGUGCCAGGUAAGAUUUUAUUUGGAGAUGAUGUUAAAAAAAGAAGAGGGAUUGGGGUGGAAACUGUGUAUGAUGCGUGCCUUGAGCAUGAGGAUUUUGGUUUUGCUUGUUCUGCACAAGCAAGCACAACUAGAUAUUUCGCUGGUGUAAAGGGAGUACGCAUAAUCAACUUGCUUUGGCUUUUAAACUUGGGAGAUCCUAUAAUCACUCGUAAAUAUUGUCAAUUUAAUUUUUUGACAUUUGAAGAUUUUGUUUUGCAU